UUACUUAAAUUAGUUUGCUGUAAACUAGCUCAUAAGGCUAACGCUGUGUAAUUUUUGACUUCCCGUAUCACUGUCGCGUCAUUCACUAAACCCCGCCUACAACGUAUUCUUAUUGGUCUGGACUCGCUGGAGUCAUGUUACAUCAUAGUAGUUGAGGUCGUUGAAUGGCUGAACUGUCAUGUCACUCAUAUUUUCCCCACUUGUUGCUAGGGAGAUUGUUUGACACUAGCUAGGGAGAAAGUAAAUAUUAGCAGAGGCACCUGCCGCUUUCUGUCGAAAGAGAAAUUGAAGUAAAGCAGCGAAAGGUUUUAAAACAGUUACUUUAUGUAGCGUCAGAAGGAGGUUAUAGACGUGUGUUAGCGGUGGCUGGUCGUGAAUUAGUGGGUAGCCACCAGCUGGAAGGACAAAGAUAGGCGCAGCUGUGCUGGAGGAGGAGGGAGGGACCCCGCCGGCCACCCAGCGUCGCCGUUGGUGGGUGUCAGAGCCAGUCGAGCUAGCUAUCUGGACUCCCUCGUUCACCUUCAGCAGCAGCCAGAAGAAGUAGUUGUCCUGUCAAGGGUGGGGUGAAGCCUGAAUCUCUGUGUUCAUCUUAUCUUCUCUGCCGAAUGUCUUAAAAUGAAGAUCAACAGCGUGGUGCGAUCCGACAUCAGUCCUCCUGUUCUAUUAGGAUGAAGUGGUUAGCAAGUCCUGCUCUUUCUUUCUUCUCCUAUAAUGUGUUUAAUGCAAGUGUGGGUAGGAAUGGGGAGAUGAUAACUCUUUGAAGAAACUCUUCUGAGAAGUGGAAACCUUAUCUUGGAACCUGAGCCCUUUUUAAAUUAACUCUCAAAGACGCUUUUGCCUUCCUUAACCACUUCUAUGUUCUUGUAUCAGUUUUCAUCCCUUAGUUUUAGCAGAGAGUUAUUGAUUACAAGUGGUCGCCCCCGUUUUUGUUUUACUUUUUUACUUUCAUUUUUUUGUUCCUUUGUAAAGAAAUGCUUUACCUGAAAAAGUACUUCACAGAGGGCCUGAUUCAGUUCACCAUCCUUCUGAGUCUCAUUGGGGUGCGGGUGGACGUCGACACGUAUCUAAGCAAUCAGUUGCCCCCGUUAAGAGAGAUCAUCCUGGGGCCCAGCUCAGCCUACACACAGACCCAGUUCCACAACCUGCGCAACACGCUGGACGGCUAUGGGAUCCAUCCAAAGAGUGUGGACCUGGACCAGUUCUUCACGACCCGGCGGCUGCUGAACGAGGUGCGCCAGCUGGAUCGCCUGUCCGUGCCCAGUACCGAGCUCAACACCUGGCUAGUGCAUCGUGACUCUGAGACGGUGGUGUCCGCAGGCGGUCAGUCCAGCCCCGGCAUAACCCUGGACAAUGGGGCCGGCCUAGAGGACAUUAACAACAUCGACGCUACCCCGGCCAUGAGGGGAGGCGGCGGAGCACCUGAAUCCACGUACGACCUGAACGCAGCGGACAGCAGCCUGGGAGCCGUGGCCCCAGACGGAAACCAGGAGCAGGGCAGCAGAGGCGGAAAUGACGACCUCACCAAAGAGGACAUUGACUUGAUUGACAUCCUAUGGCGACAGGACAUCGACCUUGGAGCAGGAAGGGAAGUGUUCAGCUACAGCAACCGUCAGAAGGACACGGAGGAGGAGAAGCCCAGCCCACAGGACAGCAAAGAUGCCAACGAUGAACAAGAGAGCUGGAGAAAUGGGAUAAACUUACAGGGGUCCCAGCCGGUGGACGGAGAGACCGGAGAGAGCAUUCCUGAGCAGCCGCCAGUUCUUGGCUCACAGACUUCACUGUCACUGCAGGAGUGCUUGAGGCUGUUGGAGGCCACGUUCCCUUUCGGAGAAGAAGCCGAGUUUCCUGUCCCGGUCGGUAACCAGGAAGCGUCCAUUUCCAAUGAGGAAGUUCCCUCCACCUCCCAGGGCCUCGCUCUGGCUCCACAGAUGCCCCCAGCAGAGCCGCAGUUGGACCUGGAGCAGCAGUGGCAGGACAUCAUGGCCAUCAUGGAGCUGCAAGCGAUGGACGUGAACAACAGCGCCUCCAACAGCGGGAACGCCAGCAGCGGCACGGCGGAGCCGACCGCUGCCGGGACCUUCGGGCUCUCUGAGCGUGCCACGCCCAUCAACCAGGACGUCAGCCUCCACCAGGCCUCCCUGCCCAGCUGCAGCCAGGACUUCCCGCAGAUCUUCAGCCCCCAGCUGGACUCGGUCGGCGUGGCGCCUCGGACCGGCAUGCUCAGGCUCUCCUCUGGCAACUCCACCAACAUCAACUCUACGUUCGGAGCGACCAACCUGACGGGGGUCUUCCUGCCGCCCAUCAACAGCUCCAGCAGCAACGUCACUUCCGCGCCGAGCCUGCCGGACCCCUUCACCACCCUCCUGGAGGAGUCCAUGCUGGACGAAAUCAGCCUGCUGGACCUGGCCAUGGAGGAGGGCUUCAGCCAGGCUCAGGCGUCCCAGCUGGAGGAAGAGCUCGACUCGGACUCCGGCCUCUCGCUGGACUCCAGCCGCAGUCCGGCCUCGCCGAGCAGCUCUGAGACCUCCUGCUCCUCGGCAGCCUCUUCGUCCUCCACCUCCGCCAACUUCUCCGAGGAGGGCGCCGUGGGGUACAGCACCGACUCCGAGGCGGCCGCCGUGGAGACGGAGGAGGGCGCGGUGGGCGGCUACCAGCCCGAGUACAGCAAGCUCUGCCGCAUGAGCUUCCAGGACCUCUCCCAGUUCAACGGCCUCCCUCAGCUGGACGGCAUCAGCCACAACCACACCUACAACGUGCCGCUUUCCUCCAGCUUCCCUGAGCGCCCGGACCUCCUCCUGUCGGCCGGGAAGAAGGCGAGCCGCGACAAGAAGCUGCAGCCCUCCCAGGACCUGCUCGACAAGCACUCGAGCCGCGACGAGCGCCGCGCCCGCGCCAUGAAGAUCCCCUUCUCCAACGACAAGAUCGUCAACCUCCCCGUGGAGGAGUUCAACGAGCUGCUGGCCAAGCACCACCUGAGCGAGGCCCAGCUCGCCCUCAUCCGUGACAUCCGCCGGCGCGGCAAGAACAAGAUGGCCGCCCAGAACUGCCGCAAGCGCAAGCUGGAGACCAUCAUCAACCUGGAGCAGGGCGUGCAGGACCUGCGGCGCGACAAGGCCCGCCUGCUGAAGGAGAAGAUGGAGUUCAUCCGCUCCAUCCGGCAGCUGAAGCAGAAGAUGCAGAGCCUGUGCCAGGAGGUUUUCAGUCAGCUGCGGGACGAGGAGGGCCGGCCCUUUCCCCCCAGCGAGUACUGCCUGCAGUACGGCGCCGACGGCAGCGUGCUGAUCGCACCCCGCGGCGGGGCGCCCGCCGCGCAGCAGCCGAGCAGAAAACCCGAGAAAAAACAGAAAGACAAAAAGAAGUGAGCGCAGAGAGACUGCUGGUUAUUCUAUCACUUUGCUAAAUCAGUCCGAUUUGUGCAAGAUGCAAGAGAGAUGCCUUUUUUUUCCUUUAAGAAGAUUCUGUUGAAGAGAAACGGCAUUUACUCCUCUUCCUCCCUGGGUUAGUUUCUCCUCUUUCAUUCUCUUCCUGCGUUUUUUCCUAGAAACAACUCUGAAGCGGAAUAGCUCUUGGCUCGAGGACCGGCGGCGUUUCAUUAUUUAGACCAGAAAAAGGGGAGGGAUUUGAAGGACAAAAGCUGAGCUACUAGAAGAAUAAAUAGCUGCUCUCGUUCCUUUUGCACCAAACCACUAGGGAUGGAGGCGUGUCGGGUGGAAGAAUGGACCGACGUCGGGAGAGCUAAGCUAACAUGCAUGGUUGGGAAUACCUGUGGAUCUAAAGGGUUCAAAGGACUAUCAGCUCACCUCCCACCCUGGAGACUUUUAGGAAUUGCUUUUAAGUUGUAGAUCUUAAGGCAAAGAUCAGCACCUGAAGUUGUGAGACGAGAAACCAAAGGCUAAAGGAAGUACAUUGUCUUAGAAUGCCAUUAACACCUAUACUAACCAAAGGUUGUAGGGGCGCACCUGAUCACCUGAAUCCGUACAAGUCCAAAAUGCUCAAACGCUGCACUCUUACUCUGUAGGUUUGUACCGCAAGGUCUAGUUUUUUUGAGUCGAUUUCUGGGUGGCACCUAAACGUAGAAGGCCCUUAAAAACGCCGGGGUUUGACGUGCGGGAGUCGGAUGAUUUGGACGAGAAGUCCGAGGCGGAGAGUUGGAGAGCUGGCCCCACGAGGUCCUGCAGGAGGAGCCGAGAGAUAUUUCUGGGACGAGGCGCACCGCGUUGCAAAAUGUAUCAAGUUCCUUAUGAAUUAUACAUAGCACUGUAAUUUGUCUUUUAAAAGGCUUGGCUUUGGUAUGCAUUUUGCCGUUUCUGUCGCUCUUCCCUCGCUGCAGGUUUAAAUACAGGGGCUGCAUUUAGGAAGGCUCUUAUUAACUGUUUAUAAUGUGUAGAAUAAGCAGGGUUAUAGGUCUAGCCUCUUUUUUUUUUCCCCUCUCCUACCGUCUGUGUUGAUAAAACCUUUCACAUCAAGCUGUACUGUACCAUUUCAUCCGACUUCGGCUGACAGAUUACAUUUAUAGGCGCAGCUCCAUCAAUUAAAAUGGAAUUUAAAAGGACAUUUUCUUCAGUAAUUAAAUUUCAAUCAUAAAUUAUACAGAUUUGCUACAUACAUAGUGGGAUAUUUCAACCAUUUAUUUCUUUUAACUGUUAGUUUUGAUGAUUAUGAUUUACAACAAAUGAAAACAAAAAUUCCGAACCUUAAAUAAUUUGAAUAUUUUAUAAGAACAAUUACAUUUUGCAAUUCAUAAGUCUUAUGUCAGGAUCUGGUUAUAGGCAACGGCCAUUGGUUAGAUUGUGCUGAUGAUCUAAAUAAGGAGCAGUGAAGUAUUCAAGCAUAAUUGAUAGAAAGUUUAGUGGAAGG